UCUGCGCGCGCAUCUUGUACCUCCUCUCGCGUGACUGCAGUCUUGACUCUUGUGUACACUUUGAAGCUGAUGGUUGUCUUCAAAAUAUUGCUAUCAUGGGGUUAACAGCUCGUAAUAUCAUUACCUACAUCAUUCUUGCUGUAGUGAUUGACCAAGUGGCCCGGAUAAUAUAUAGUCUGGGAUUGCAUAAGACUAUUUUCACACAUCAUCCUGGGAUCUGCAGAGCACUACCAGGCAUUGAAAAUGGCUCUGAGGAUAUUGUGACUUCCUCCAAUGGACUUGCAUUUAUAUCAUCUGGUGCCCUGAAAAUGUUGGAACCUGAUCAAGGAAUAUUGGGUCAAGUCUUUCUCUUUGACUUCAACCAUCCCGAUUUGGACCCUAUAAACAUCCAAAUCAUUGGCAUCGAUAAAGCAGCCUGGAUACCUAUAGGAAUGGACAUCUGGGAGAGUGGACCAAAAGAUAAUCCCAAACUGUCCCUUUAUGUCGUGAACAAGCAGCCAGACAGUAUAGGGAUUGAAGUAUUUGACUUUUCAUACAAGAACAAGGUUCCUACCUUGACACAUCAAAGAAGAAUACAUCACAAGAACAUUUGGAGUCCCAAUGAUGUUGUUUUGGUGGAUGAAAAUCGUUUCUACACAACAAACGAUGCAUAUCUUCCCCAACCUUUCAACAUUCUAGAGGUCGUAUUUCGGCUUAGCUCCGGCAGUGUGGCAUACUAUGAUGGACAUGAUGCUAGGAUCGUUGCCAAAGGACUGAAGCUGUCUAAUGGUGUAAACCUCUCUCCUAACAAAAAGUUAUUGUAUGCAGCUUCAUCCCUUGGACAAGAGCUGUUCAUCUACAGAGUCCAGAGUGAUGGGAGUUUGGAACAGGCAAAGGUCAUUCCCCUUGCAACCAUUCCUGACAACAUUGAUGUUGAUAAGGAUGACGGGUCUCUAUGGAUUGGCUGUGGUUUCGCGACGCAUCACUUCUUUAACCAAUGUGGAAAAGUCACUGGAGUUGGGCAGGUUUUGAAUAUUCAACUUGACAAGGAACUGAAUCCAACAAUCAGAGAAGUCUUUGCAGACGAUACAGGAAUGAUAAGACUCAGCAGUGUAGCAUGUCGCUAUGGAAACGCCAUGCUCAUCGGGACAGUGGUUGACAAGGCUGCCUACUGUGAAGGGAUUACGUACUGAUGACAUAUCAAGCAAUGUUUUGAAGGGGAAGUCCACCCUAAUAUUAAGUUUGGUUUGAUAGAAGCAGAACAAUGGGAGGAAAAGGUCAGUGAAAGUUUGAGCAAAUCACAA